AUGACCAAGUCAGGCACAAUAGAGAUUGUGGCGGCACCCAAGAUAAGUGCGGAAGCCGAGAUUACGGCACCACCAAAGGCGAGCGUGAUAGCCAAGAUUACGGCGACACCUAAGAGGGGUCUGGCAACUAGCAGCGACACCCAAGUUAAGGAUGCACUGUUAGUUGCACCAGGCAUGUUUGUCGCGAAGGAUCUUCUCAAGAUUGACCUUCGCUUCAAAUCUUAG